CAUUUAAAUGACAACAUGCUCUCUACUGUCAUCGUCACUGUCUAAGACAUAUAGACACAAAUAAUUGGCAAACAGAUGCUGCAACAAACACAAAAACUUAUUUUUUACUUGACUGGACGUUUGUUUACUAAUUAAGUGCAAUCGUUCAAAUAUGGACAAAAAACGAAUAAAACGAGAGCGUAUUCUAAAAUGCAUUUCACUGUAUCGAAAACAUGAGUGUUUAUGGAAUACAAACAGUGCCACAUUCCGCCAAAAUAGGAUGAAGAUUAGGGCUCUAAAUGAAAUUGGCUACGAACUCAAUAUGACCGUGGAAGAGGUUAAGAAAAAAAUCAAGUCUCUGAGAAGUACGUACACACUGGAAAAGAAAAAGGUGGAGCAGAGCAUACUGACUGGAACUGAUCCAGAUGAUAUGUAUAUACCUACCUUGCAUUGGUAUGGGGAGAUGACAUUCUUGGAUGAUCAUAUAACGCAAAGAAAGCGAAAAUCUAGUGUUAAUGGUGAACAUACUGAUGAAACAAUAUUGUUGGAAGACUCAAACACCCAGUCAUAUGAUUCAGACCAAAGCCUAACAAUACAGUCGGUUCGUAAAAGACAAUACAAUGUUGAAGUUAAUACAGAACAAGUUGACGAAGCAAAUAGAGAAAUUGUAAAUACGCGUAAAAUUGACGCUUUCAGUGCAUUUGCGGAUAGCAUGGCUAUGACAUUACGCACAAUGCCGGAGAAUAUUGCUUAUAAAACAAUGGCAGAAGUACAAGAAUUAUUGUAUCAUCGAAAAUUUGGUAUAACAGCUAAUGGCGAUACAAAAUCCCAGAGUGAAAACUACAUCAUACCCAACAUUCAAUCGGAUACGAAUGAAACGGAGGUUUUAUUUGACAUAGUCAAAGAGGAAAUAGACUGAACUUUGUUGCCUAGGUAUAGGACUUUAUUUUGUUCCAUGUGUACAAAUAAUAAUUUUAAAAU